GCUCCGGAACAAUUAACUGAUGAAUGAGUUCUGGAAUUCCCAAGGCUUGCUGGCCGUAAGUAGUGCAGUACUGGCCUCUGCAGGCAGAGCGACCUACAAAUUCCAUCAGAUCUCCAACAAAUGAAUGGCGUUCGCAAACUUUGGGGAGGCGGAAGCUCGUCUCAAACACCACCUCCGCCUCCACCACCACCUGAAACGCCUCCCCCGUCCGUCUCUUCAGCUAGACCCUCGAGGGCAGCAUCGCCUUCUGAAGGUUCUCCUAUAACAACAACAACGCAGGGACUUCUCAUAAGGAAGAACAAGAAGCAGUCAUCCGUGGCAUCUGUCACAGACGCUGGGAACGGAAACGACGUCACCGGUUCUGAGCGGUCUGCCAGUGCCUCAAGUUCAUCUCCUAUAGUCUCACCCACCAGAAUCACUUCACCCUCACGCAAACCAGUCCCAAAUAGCAUACCAGGCCCAGGUCCCUCAUCGACAUCUCCCAGAAUUCCACCUUUACGCCCAAGAACGUCUACCGCUUCAGAAUGGAAACGCACCUCGGGGUUACUCAAUAUAAGGGAUGACUUACUUAUGAGUCUUCUCACUAGCGAGGCUGUGGUUGAUAGUCGGGAAUGCGAGAUCCUGAGUGGAGAGGAAGUCGAGGAACUUAAGAAGGAACACCAAAUUCUCAAAAUCCGACUCGUAGCGACGCAGAAGAAACUCAAACUCGAAACCAAAAUCCGCGAUGCAGCCCUAUCCCUCUCCAAAGUCAACACCGCGCACAAAAAAGUUUCAAAAGCCACAGACGACCAGUUAGAAACCGCAGAGCGCAAAGUCAAUGCUGCACAAACAGAGUUUUGGCGCGUUUCAGAACGAGCGUGUGAAGUCGAACGGAAGCUCCUAGAGCAUCGUGCAGGCGUGCUUGGGUACUCUGUCGCUAAGAUGGAAAGAAAGAUGAUGCCUAGCGGGGAUGUGGAUACGCCGAACAGGAGUUCGACGUUCAGUUCAGUCACGAAUACUUCCACACUUUCGAAAGCGCGAUUCGACGGAGCCCAUUUGUUCGCAGGCCAUGCUGAUGCACAAAUUCCCAAAGCACCACCAUCCGUAUCUGAUGUCAUCGCGCUCGAAGACAGGCUCCGCGCCGCAACAGAGGCUCUCAGUAUUGCAAACCAGAAGCAAGCUGAGAUGGCACGUGAACUAUCCCACCUUCGUCUCGAGAAGGAACAGAUCGAAACGACGAUGGGUAUGGAACUGCAGACUGCUGAGGAAACUGUUGCUGCGCUCGAGCAGGAGUUGCCGCGUUUCGAGGAGUUGAAUACGAAAUGCCAGGAACUACUCGAGGAGCGCGUUCAGUGGGAAGAAAACAAGGCUCAGUUAGCUGUUCGAGAGAAGGAGGUGGAGAGGUUGGAGAGGCGGUUAGAGGUCUUGGAGGAGAAAAGCGGCGAGGCGGCUGAGAUGGAACGUGUCCUCUCGGAUGUGCAAGCACAGUGCGACGAGGAGCUGCAGAAAAAGGACAAGGAGAUUAUCGCACUGAAAGCGGAAUGGGAGGAGGCGAGAGAGGAAUGGGACGCUGAGAAAGCCGUCAUGGAAGAGGAUAAACUCGCUGAGCUCAGUGCGCUACGGGAUGAGUUGGAGGAAGCAAGAGAGGAAUGGGAAGCAGAGAGAGCCGUAUUGGAGGAGGACAAGCUGACAAGGCUUGGUGCCUUGCAGGAUGAAUUGGAUGAUGCGAGGGCUGGUGGCGAAGCACGAGCAGAGUUAGAAGAAGCCAUUGAAGCACUCCGGACGGUGGUGCAGCUCCAUAGUAUCCAGGCUUCACCAGACUCGACCUUCCAGGACCUACUUUUCUCAGUUGGCUCGCACCUCGAAACGUUGUCAGCUGUGCUUCAAGAGCAUAGCGACAUGCAUACGCGCCUUGAAGACGAGCUACGAGUACACGCGGAUCAAACCGAAUCACUCUCAAAGGACCUAGACGUCAUUCGUCAAGAAAGAGACAACGCACACCUCGAAAUCCUCUCCCUAGAAUCAAAAAUCAAGGAACUUAUCGAUACAGUCCCAUCACAUAACCUCCCCCCCAUCGAAUACAAAGGCGAAGCAGCAGACAUUAUCGCCCUCCUCCAACCCAUCUGGGACAUCCUCCCUGCACCCGAACUCCGCGCUACGAAACUGAACAGUAAACGACACCUCCGGAACACAUCUAGCACCUCAAAUCCAGGCGGAUCAUCAUCAUCCCCUUCUAAAAAUACGCUUCCAUCCCUAUCCGACAUGGACGUACGCGCACUUAAAUCUCUAUACGACGUUCGUUCUCCCGCUUCUCCACCCGCAGACCAAAGCAAAGGUAAAGGGACAUUCAGUAUCGAAGCAUUCGUCGCGCGCGUCCAAGCACUCGUCAUAGACGAUCGAGCCUUAAUCGAAAGACUCAUCCGCUUCGCACAAGCGCACUCCCUCCUCAAGAAAAAUGCAGAACGCGCUCAAAAACUCGCACAAGACAGCAAUACAGCCCUAGAAACUUAUCAACGCCAGGUGACGACGCUCGAACGGCAGAAUGUCUCUCUUGUGUUGAAACAGAAUGCAUUGAUGGAUGAGAUAAGGGAAUUACAAGACGCGAUUGAACGUGCGGUGGGAGAGAGGCGAGAGAUGGAGGAGCGGGCUGCGGACCAGGCGGAGACCUGUCGACAGCUUGAAGAAGCGAACGAUGCAUUGAGCGCAAAGACGUUGACGCUUGCAGAAGAAGCUGCUGAAGCGCCUGAAAGGAUACGAAGGCAACUAGCAGAGUGCGCCGACGCGUUACGAGAAGCCAAGGAGGAGAUCGAUGCGAUGCGAUCGUCGGAACAGACACAGCGUAUUGCCCUGUUGGACGAGUUGAACACCGUGCAGACGGAGAAUGGGAACCUUCGUGCGCAACUCAGGGCGACGAAGAAGUGAGGAGGAAUGACAGUUUCACGAAUCUAUCACACGCAUGAUGUAUGUAAAUAAUGUCUCCAACUUGAAAGUCUGCAUCAAGGAUUUCAUUGAUAUCCGAUGAUCCGACUUAAUAUGCGGUAACAGCUGGAUCGUAGGAUUUGUCUUCGACUAUUUCGCUGUCGAAUGACGAGGCGUGUUCACUGUCUUCCGGAGGGUGCGAUGUCAAGAAGUUCUUGAUA